AAUCAGCACGUUGUUUCCCCGCUUGACCGCGGCGUUUCAUCGGCGCGAAGAAAAGAGUUUUUCCAGGUCAAAGGCGCUACGAUCUAGCCUGCAUGGAUGAAGAAUUGUGCUCCGUGACGAAACCUGGGAUUCUUCCCCAUGGGGCCAUGAAGGAAACUUCUCCGCAGGGCUGCCAGACACUGUCCUGGUUCUGGGGUAGGUAUUUAGGUGGAGCUGCGUCGCGACCCCUGGCUGCACUGCAUCACCCUCUACACUCUUGCCAUUCUUCAGACCUCAAUUCCUAUUUUCAUUCGUCUCAUUGCGCGUUGAACGCCUUCACAUCGGAUACCACAACUCAACGACACUAUCAGAAUGGGUAUCCUCGCCUUCGUCGAGGAUAGGCCAACGCCCAAGGCUGUCUACAACUGGCGUGUCUACACCGCUGCUGCCGUCGCCUCUUGGGCGUCAUGUAUGAUCGGUUACGACUCCGCGUUCAUUGGCACCACACUCGCGUUGCCAUCUUUCGUCGACGAGUUCCGGCUCGAUGAGAUGGAUCCGGACAAGCUCGCUCUCACUAAGGCGAAUAUCGUGUCGGUCUACCAGGCAGGCGCCUUCUUUGGGUCCUUCGGCGCAUACGCAUCCAGCUACUACCUGGGGAGGAGAAAGUCUCUCCUGAUCUGGGUUCUCGUCUUCAUCCUCGGGGCUGGGAUGAUGCUAGGCGCGAAUACGGAGCGAGGGUUGGGUCUCAUCAUCGGUGGUCGUGUGUUGGCUGGCUUGGGAGUAGGUGGUGCGUCGAAUAUGGUGCCUAUCUAUAUCUCUGAGCUAGCGCCACCUGCGGUGCGAGGUCGAUUGGUCGGUAUUUACGAGCUUGGCUGGCAAAUUGGUGGGCUAGUUGGAUUCUGGAUCAACUACGGGCUACAAGAGACGAUGGCACCCUCCCACAAACAAUGGAUCAUCCCCUUCGCGGUGCAGCUGAUCCCCGCCGGCGGCCUCCUCAUCGGUGCGAUCUGGAUGAAAGAGUCACCGCGCUGGCUCUUCAGCAAAGGUAAGCGCGAGCAAGCCAUGCAAAAUCUCUGCUGGAUCCGCAACCUCCCACCCAAUGACCUCUAUAUCGUCGAAGAAGUCGCAGCCAUCGACGCUCAGAUUGAGCACGAUCGCAUCCACAUCGGUCCCGGCUUCUGGAAGCCCUUCCUCGCGCUCAAGCAGCCCAAGGUGCUCUGGCGCUUCUUCCUCGGCGGCAUGCUGUUCCUUUGGCAGAACGGCAGCGGGAUAAAUGCCAUCAACUACUAUAGUCCGACUGUUUUCAAGUCACUCGGGAUCACCGGAACUUCAACGGGCUUCCUCACAACCGGCAUCUUCGGCGUCGUCAAGACCACCGUAACUAUCAUCUGGCUCCUCUGGCUCAUCGACCGCCUGGGCCGCACCAAGCUCCUCAUGAUUGGCGCCGCAGGAGGCUCCUUCUGCAUGUGGUUCAUCGGCGCAUACAUCAAAGUGUCGAACGCCGACUCGAAAGCCAGCGACCCCAACGCGAAGCUGUCCUCAGGCGGCAUCGCAGCUAUCUUCUUCUUCUACCUCUGGACAGCCUUCUACACGCCGUCCUGGAACGGCACGCCCUGGGUCAUCAACUCGGAGAUGUUCUCGCAGAACACGCGCUCGCUCGGCCAGGCGUCCGCCGCCGCGAACAACUGGUUCUGGAACUUCAUCAUCUCGCGCUUCACCCCGCAGAUGUUCCUCACCAUGGGCUACGGCGUGUAUUUCUUCUUCGCCAGCCUGAUGAUCCUGAGCAUUCCGUUCGUCUACUUCCUCAUCCCUGAGACGAAGUCGAUUCCGCUCGAGCACAUGGAUGAGCUGUUUGCUAUUAGGCCUAUACGGGGCGCGCAUGGCGAGAUGAUGCAGCGGCUGAGGCUGCAGGAGGAGGAGUUUAGACAUGAUGCUGAAGGCGCGGGGCUGACGGUCGAGAAGACCAAGGAGGAGAGGGUGGAGAGUGUGUAGAUGGACAGACGUGUUUUGAUGGGGUCAUGGAAGAGUCGUUAGUAGGCAGGGCGUUUCUUCAGCUUGCCUUGUAAGAAGCUCUAUUAUGCAGCUCCGCUCUGGUUAUGUAGAAUGAUCGCAUGGAUCAAUUAUUAUCGUUUCCUG